GCGUUGAAAUUCAACCAAAGAAAUUUAGGUAAUCAUUCUUCCUGGGAAUAAAGCACGGACACAGACUGGAACUCAAACGCGGACUGAGGGGGGAAUUUGGGGACAGUCAUGGCGGGGCUUGGAGUGAAGAGGAGGAAAGCGGGGCUCCCUGGUUUUUGCUGGAAAACCUGCUACUUUCAUAUUUUAUUCUGGGUUGUCUCGGUCUGUGGUGAAGAGAAGACGUUCAUCGUUGAGACAUGGCUGAAGAACUAUGGCUACCUGCUCCCCCACGACAUCCGGACGUCGGACCUGCGGUCAGAGAAAGCCAUGCAAUCGGCAGUCGCUGCCAUGCAGCGAUUCUAUGGCAUCCCAGUGACUGGAAUCCUGGAUCAGACCACCAUAGAGUGGAUGAGGAAACCUCGAUGUGGCGUACCUGACCACCCCCACAUCAGCCGGCGGAGGCGGAAUAAACGCUACGCCCUGACGGGACAGAAAUGGAGAGACAGAAAGAUCUCUUACAGCAUACACAACUUUACCCCUAAAGUGGGGGAGAAAGACACGCAGAGAGCCAUACGGCAGGCCUUUGACGUGUGGCAGACGGUGACCCCACUGACUUUCCAGGAGGUGGCCUACUCCGAGAUCAAGAACGAGGGGAAGGAGGCCGACAUCAUGAUCUUUUUCGCCUCUGGAUUCCAUGGUGAUAGCUCUCCAUUUGACGGAGAGGGGGGGUUCCUGGCCCACGCCUACUUCCCGGGCCCUGGGAUCGGUGGGGACACUCACUUUGAUUCGGACGAGCCCUGGACACUAGGCAACGCUAAUCAUGAUGGUAAUGACCUUUUCUUGGUGGCGGUACAUGAGCUUGGGCACGCUUUGGGACUGGAGCAUUCGAAUGACCCCAGUGCCAUAAUGGCUCCCUUCUACCAAUACAUGGAGACACACAACUUCAAACUGCCCCUCGAUGACCUCCAGGGUAUCCAGAAAAUAUACGGUGUCCCUACAGCCAUGCUGGAGCCUACACGACCACUGCCCACCUUGCCCGCUCGCCGAACCCACCCCACCUCAGAGAGGAAACAUGACCGUCAGUCCCGCCCGCCACGUCUGCCCUCCGGUGACAGACCCUAUUUCCCCAAUGGCAAACCCAACAUCUGUGAUGGCAACUUCAACACCGUGGCCUUCUUCAGACGCGAGAUGUUUGUCUUCAAGGACCGAUGGUUCUGGCGACUGCGGAACAACGAGGUGCAGGAGGGCUACCCGAUGCAGAUUGAGCAGUUCUGGAAAGGUCUACCGCCCCGUAUCGACGCCGCCUACGAGAGAUCGGACGGCAAAUUUGUAUUCUUUAAGGGUGACAAGUACUGGUUAUUCAAAGAGGUGACUGCUGAGCCCGGGUACCCCCAGAGUCUGGUGGAGCUGGGUAACUGUCUCCCUAAGGACGGCAUUGACACAGCACUGCGCUGGGAGCCCGUGGGCAAAACCUACUUCUUCAAAGGGGACCAGUACUGGCGCUACAACGAGGAGAAACGCAUGGCCGACCCGGGCUACCCCAAACCCAUCACUGUGUGGAAGGGCAUCCCCAAGGCGCCGCAGGGAGCCUUUGUCAGCAGGGAGGGCUUUUAUACCUAUUUCUACAAAGGGAAGGACUACUGGAAGUUUGACAACCAGAAGCUGACCGUUGAGCCCGGCUACCCCAAGUCUAUUGUCAAUGACUGGAUGGGCUGCCACCAAUCAGACAUGGAGAAGAACAAAGACCGGCAGCUUCCCCACGAUGACGUGGACAUCAUGGUGACCAUCAAUGAUGUGCACAGCACUGUCAACGCCAUCGCUGUGGUGAUACCCUGCAUCCUGUCCCUGUGCAUCCUGGUCCUGGUCUAUACCAUCUUCCAGUUCAAAAACAAAGGGGUGCAACAGAACGCCACCUACUACAAACAUCCGGUCCAGGAGUGGGUAUGACAGGCUUAGGCAGCGCGCCGCCACUUAACCACGAAACUGCACUGAGAGGGCUACAAAAACUCUGAGCACCAUGUGACCAGUGCCUGUCUUGCACAAACCCUUUGCGAGAAGGGAAGGAGGAGAAUUAAGUUACUCCCUUUCAUCCACUGUCAAGGACCUCUAGAUGAACAUCGCCAAAAUUGAGUAUGUUGAAUAUUAGCAUGAGGCGAUUCAUAGGACGCUGGGAGGCUUUGAGGGUAAGGACAGAGCACAGCAAAUCCGAUUGCUCUGCCUUUUGCGCCUCGUCUAUCUGUUGUCCAUUCUUAUCUGGCUGUUUCAGUGGGUGUUGUCACACAUACUUUACCUCGAUGGGACUCCCAUACACUUUUUCUCAGGGGGAGACAGAGGGGGAGCCUACCCUCACAUAGCCAGGUACCAGUAAUCUGUCCAGUAUCAACUUGUACAUGGACUUCAAGUAUUAUCAAGUCAAACAAGAUAUUUAAAGAAAAAAUGUAAACUUGAACAAAAAAUGUAGUAGAAAGGCCAUAGAAAAGAAUACCAAGGAUUUCUGUGGAUCAUUUAAUAUUUUCAGUUCGAGAGCUUGGAGUUAUCAAGAGGAGAAACUUUGUACAUCGCAAAUGAUACAUUUCUUCAUAGCCAGACCUCUGCCUCUAGCGAUGGACUGACCUAAGCUAGAGGACUGAGAAUGUAAUUAUGUCUGCUGAAGGACCGCCGCUAUACCAACAUCCCCCAGCACAGACUCCCUGCUCCUCUGCCUGGACCAAGGGGCGUAGGAGAGAGCGAGUUAGCAUUUAAAGACAUUGGUCACAGUUAUCUUUCUUAGAAUUAAACUUAGUUUUAUUUUUUACAUGCCUCAAGGCGUAGAGGAGUACCUAUGGCCGUUUCCAUAGGCUAAGCAUGUCAGACCAACAUUGACUAGGCACAAUGAACUGCUGUUGAGGCAGCCUGAAUUCCACUCAUACCCCUCUUCAUUCCUCCUUAUUUCUCUCACUUUCUCUCUUCCUCCAAUUGUGUCGCUCUCUCUUUAUAUACAGUGCCCUCCAUAAUGACUGGGAAAAUUAAGCAAUUUUUCUUCUUUUGUCUCCUCUACACUCCAAAAGUUUGGAUUUGAAAUCAAACAAUGACUGAGGUUAAGGGGCAGACUGACAGCUUUAAUUUGAGGGUGUUUUCAAUCAUAUCGGGUGAACGGUUAAGAACUUACAGCACUUUGUGUACGUAUUUCCCCCAUUUUAGGGCACCAAAAGUAUUGGGACAAAUUCAUAUGUAUUAAAGUAGUAAAAAGUUAAGUACUUGGUCCCAUAUUCAUUACACACAAUGGCUACAUCAAGCUUGUGACUCUACACAUUUGUUGGAUGCAUUUUCUGUUUCUUUUGUUUGUGUCAUUUUGGAGUCCGUUUUAUUGUAAAUAAGAAUAGAAUAUGUUUCUUGAAAGUUACAACUCACAAAUAUCAUACCCUCCCUAAAAAAAUGCUAACCCCCCUGUUAUUCUAAUGGCGAGAGGUUAGCAUGGCUUGGGGGGUAUGAUAUUUGUGCAUCUGUAACUUUCUCGCUUUUCAUUAUUCACGAUUCAUACCCUCAAAUUAAAGAUGACAGUCUGCACUUUAACCUCAUAGUCAUUGUUUGAUUUCAAAUCCAAACUUUUGGAGUAUAGAGACAAAAAAAAAAAAUGCUUCACUGUCCCAAUCAUUGCGGAGGGCAUUAUAUCUAACACCCUACAUUUCAUUGAAAUGCUGUCCUCGUGAUCUAAUUUACAGUUUUGUUACUAACCUCGCUUUCAAUAGGAAAGAUGUACAAUGGGAAAGUGAUGUUUAAAAGAAAAAUCCAGGUAGAGUCUUUUUGCACUGGGGUGCAUUGGUACACUGGGGUAAUUACCAUACUUUGUCUAUCUCUGUAGGGCAGGUCAGGAUUUCCUGAGUUCAGCUGUUUCUUACCCUGAUAAAAACAAAUACACAGAUGACCCAUGAUAAAAGCAAAGUUAUUUCAUACGUUCCAUUAAUUUCCCUGUAUUUCUAUUCACUACUUUUACUACAGUAGAGAAUUAUCAUGUAUUCAUCUCACCCAGAUAAUAAUGUCAAUGCAGUUGCCAGGACUGAAACCAGAGAAUUUUUCCUGUACAGUAGGAAAUGCAAACGUAGUUUAUUUGAGGUUUUAAAAAGGCCUCUAAAGUUUGUAAUUUCCAGAAACAUCUACAAAAAUUUACUUUAAUUAUACUCCACAUAAUUCCCAUUUCCCAUUGCUGCAAGAUUAUUAGCCUGCUGUAGCAAACUGGCUCAAAUUAAGAUCCAAGAUUAAGAUCUGUAUAGUCCUUGAUACUGUAUUUUCUGACUUAAUUCUGACCCCAAUGGGGUUUGGUACCACACAUCAAACAUGUAGUCUUUAGAUUUUUUUAUUGACUUAAAAAAAAAAAAAAUAAUUAAAUCUUAUUUGUACUUUUAUUUGCUGUUGAAAUGAUGUAUUAUCAUUAGCGAAUAUCCCGAUCUGGUUGUAUGUAUCCUAUCGAGCUAGUAAAUUUAUAUACAUUUUUUGCAAUCACAAAAAUUAGGAAUCGGUUGAAAGGAGACUUGACUUUCCCAUUUUGUCAUUGCAUUGACAAUCUGUCAAAUUGUUCGUUGUUGUUAAAAAGUUUUGCUUAUUUAAAUGAUGAAACAUGAUGUGACUAGUCUCAUUUAUACUGAACAAAAAGAAAUGCAACAUGGAACAAUUUCAAAGAUUUUACUGAGUUAACAGUUCAUAUAAGGAAAUCAAUCAAUUGAAAUAAAUAAAUUAGGCCCUAAUCUAUGGAUGUCACAUGACUGCGAAUACACUAGGUAGGGAUGUGGAUCAGAAAACCAGUAAGUAUCUGGUGUGACCACCAUUUGCCUCAAGCAUCCCGACACAUGUCCUUCGCAUAGAGUUGAUCAGGCUGUUGAUUGUGGCCUGUGGAAUGUUGUCCCAAUCCUCUUCAAUAGCGGUUCAAAGUUAUUGACGGGCCAUGGAAGAACUGGGACAUUUUUAGCUUCCAGGAAUUGUGUACAGAUCCUUGUGACAUGGAUUAUCAUGCAUUAUCAUGCUGAAACAUGAGGUGAUGGCGGCGGAUGAAUGACACCACAAUGGGCCUCAGGAUCCCGUCAUGGUAUCUCUGUGCGUUCAAAUUGCCAUAGAUUUUUGUUUUACUGAGUGUUUGUUGUCUGUAACUUAUGCCUGCCCAUACUGUGACAAUCCUCUUCAAGGUUAGGAGUGUUUGUACACAAAUUAAGCGUGAGACUGACACAAAAUCAAUGUUUGUUUGGACCGUCCAGGCCGCAGGCGUGAUCGAGGAUAGCAGGGUUCGGUACAUAAAUUGGCUUCUCAGUAGAUCAGGGUCCAAACAACCAACAGGUAAGUCCAGAUCAUACACGGUAAAUCCAGCCGAUAUAUUAUCACUUUCUCUUUUCAAUGGUUCACAGCUCCUUGCUCUUCCCCUCUUCCUGGUGUGGCUUGACCCCUUAUAUAUAUAUAUGUUGGUCGGCCUAACCUUGCGAGCCUUCCCCUUGCUUCUGCGGCCGUCCAUUUUGUGCUUUGUGGUUCACAAUCUGGCCACCCCUUAGUGAGAGGGCAGACAGUCAGCCUGCCAAUUGUACACUCCCUCAAAACUUGAGACAUAUGUGGCAUUGUGUUGUGUGACAAUUGCAUUUUAAAGUGGCCAUUUGUCACCAGCACAAGGUGCACCUGUGUAAUGAUCAUGCAUUAAUCAGCUUCUUGAUAUGCCACACCUGUCAGGUGGAUGGAUUAUCUUGGCAAAGAAGAAAUGCUCACUAAAAUGAAUGUAAACAAAUUUGUGCACACAAUGAGAGAAAUAAGCAAUUUGUGAGUAUGGAAAAUGUCUGUGCUCUUUUAUUUCAGCUCAUGAAACAAGGGACCAACACUUUACAUGUUGCAUUUGAAUAUUUGUUCAGUGUAAUUGAUAACGUAUGACAAUGACAAAAUGACCAAAUCUAGACUUUGCUUUUAACAUACAGUAUUCCUUAUAUUUGCAAAUGCAAAAAGCAUAUGGUCUAUAGAAUGGGAUACCUGGACAGGCUACACAAUUAAGAUAUCUUAUUAAGAGAUUAAGAUCACUUUAUUGGUCAAUUGCACACAAUGUCCAACCCGAAUUUGACUUACCCCAACCCAUCCGAAAGACACACAUAAAGGUUUUGGAGAGAUGUGGUGGGCUGCCACACUGGGGGCCUAGGGAGCUGCUGUUGUGAGAAAUUAAGUGCCUUGCAUAAGGACAUGACGUAAGUCAAUGGCAUCUAGGAUUUGAUACCAGCAACCCUCCGGUUCCCUGCACAACAGAUUUUGGAUUCCAAAUGGCAACCCUCCUGUUGCUGGCUCACCUCUCUAACUGCAAGGCUUCCUGCAACCAGAGUGGGACAUCCACUUCUAAUGGGUCUUAAUAGUGUGAUAAUCACUGGCAAAGUGUUGUUACAAUCUUAAGAAUAGUAUAUUUAAACUGUUAAUGUUCUUUUCCUACUAAUUUGACAUGCUUUUUUUAAUCAUGCCUUUGAAGUACUUUUCUUAGUUUAUCUGCGAUGUUGCUACGUCAUGGUAACUCUUGUGAGAUUCUUCUCAGUUGUGACCCCGUUCCUAACACACACACACACACACACACACACACACACACACACACACACACACACACACACACACACACACACACAAUGUAAACAUUUGGAUAUUACACAUUGAUAAGUGGAGUUGAAUAGUUAAAUGGCCUGAUGUUUCGUAUAAAGCUAUAGUGGAUUUAUUAUGGUGAGAAUUUGAAAUGGACAGUUUUCUGGAAGAUUACUUUCUCUUGUUUUUACAUGUUUGCCUUAUGGGUUUUCACAACCACUGGAAUCCCUAUCAGAAUUCUGAUAACAUGUACUAUGAAAUUACAUUGAAAGUAACUGCAUAGAUUUGACAAAUAUUUACUCAUUAUCCACUUUUUUAAAAAUAAUCUCAGAUGUGCACACUGAUGUUACCUCUAUAACACUGCUCACUCCUUGUCAUAAUGUAGUACUACUAACAAAGCAAUUACAUCUAUGGUUUUAUUCGUAACUAAGUUGGGGAGAGCUUAUAUACUGCAGAUAUGGCUGCGUUGACAAAGUGCCAAAUCACUUUCUCUCCUGCCAUCAUCCAUUUCAAAGCAUAUCCCAAUCAUUAAUCAGCAAAACCAUCAGCUGAACAAAACCAUCCGUUAUGUGGCUUUUGUGUAACAUCCCCAAGGUCUCUGAGAAUGGGUCUAUACUAUCUAUUCAGCUCUGCCACCAUUGACCCCCUCUCUGUAUCCUUUAUGCUCCUAGUCAAGAGCUCUCUAGUUCUGUGUCGCACUGAAUGUGUGAGCAAUAUGUAGUAAGACGCACAACAGCCCUCCCAGUCUGGUCUUUGGCUCCGUUUUGGAGGACUUAAAAUCUCCAGUAGGCAAAGAUACUUUUGUUAUGUGAGAAAUCUGCAACUUGAAAAUAUGUAAUUUACUGUAAGGCUACCCUACUUUAUUUCUACAGCCCUAAUCUGCUCUAGGUCUUCCAAAAUAAUCUCCACCAUGAGAUCUUUACUGAAAUGGUGUAUAUGUCUGACCGUGUCAGUGUCUGCCUUAAAUAGCCUCUGCUGGUACUUCUGGAAGUUGUGCCUUGUCAGACUUUGCAGUGGCGCGCUCAAUUGAUGUGCUUUUUUAGUUGACAAACAUAUACCUCUAAGGAUUCUUUCAACGAUAACAUCAGAGUUAACAUUUUUAUGUUUUUUUGUAUCAUUUGUUUUCAAAGGUGUAUUUUUCUCCAAUAUUUCUCACACUAUGAAAAUGCACUCAGUUCAUGGAUUUUCUUCGCUCUAUUAUCUUUUCUUAUUCUGUCGUUUUCAUUCUGAGCAGUUUAGCGAGUGGCAGAGACAUGGCACUGAAUCAGAGCAGACUUAGUGUGUUUGCCCAUAUUUUAAUAACUCCAUUUCACGAUCUCUAGAUAAAUCAUUGGGCAGACUUUUGGGAACAUUUUUGGGGUGGCUUUCUGCAUCUAUUUUCAGGCUACAGAGAGCCACACAAGGAAUAGCGAAAUAGCGAUAUUCAAUUUCUCCCUCACCGUCAGAACAUAACUUCUAACUUAAGCCCUGUAUGUCUUUAUAGGCAAACAUUGUAUGGAGUGAAGUAUCCAACAAAACAAAGUUUAUUAGCUGGUGUUAUGGGCGGGAUCUGAAACCAACACCUUAAUUGAUAGCAACUGGAUCAAUUGGCGAUUGAGUAUUUGAUGCAGAUUACGAAAAAUCUGAUUCUGACAAAAUAACCCAUUAAAACAACCACUCAGUGUAUGUGGAACAUGCUCAUAUGAGUAGGAAAUGUUCUUGGUAUUACUCAACUCACAUCUCAGCUAAAGAUGAUGGCAGAUGAAUGGGAAAGAUACAGGGUAUUAGCCAGGCAUUGUUCAUUAGAUGAACAUUUUCCAGGCAAAGCCAUUUUCAAUCUGCAUGGUUAUCACGUUGUUAAAUCCUAUUGUGGAAGGGGGAGCUAAAUAAAUCUCAUUCACCAUAUGCUUCACGCUACAAAAAGGACAUAUCAUAUUGGAGGUUACAUGCAAUUGUUCCAAAGUCAAUUUAAUUUGUUUAUUGAUUUCAUCACAAUGAUUGAGUGUACCUACAGAGUAAUCAAGGCAAAACUGUGUAAUGUAUAUAUAUAUUUACUGAAACGUAAAAUCCGAUCUGACAUGUCCAAAAGAGUACUAAUAAACCACAACAUAUGUAUCGGCAUGGUUGUGUUUGAGAAGAUGUAGGGGUACUCGAGAUUCAUUAUAAUGACCUUCACGUUCAAUUGUUUAUUGAACACAUGAAGACAACUUUUAUUCUAAGGUGCCCCAUGCCUUUCCACUUUUCUUUCUCUCUUAUUCAUUGUAACGGUUUCUACUAUUCUAGGGGGUGGGGCGACGAGUCCUCUUCAGUGGGCCUCUGUUAAGGAUAUGCUGGUGGCUUUAGACAACAGUGAGUUGCCUUUCACUUGCCUGUUGCCUUUGUUUCUAAUGUUCUUUUUCAUAAAAUAAUAAUGGAGGUUAAAUCAAAAAGGUCCAGAUGUUUAAAAUGACGACAUUGAAAUUCUUUGGAUACUACUGAUCAAGGGAGAUUUUAUCAGAUACAGCUUUAAGAGAAAAUGAAUUCGGUGGUGUUUCUUAUAACAUUUUCUGUAUAUACACUUUGAUUAGUUUGUCGAUUUAAUUCAUUUGGUAAAACAACUUGGUAAAUUGCAAUAUUUUGUGGUGGAACCUUAUGUAAUUUACAAUCAAAUACACACAAGUAUGUGGACACCCCUUCAAAUUAGUGGAUUUGGCCAUUUCAGCCAUACCCGUUGGUGACGGGUAUCAAAUCGAGCACACCGCCAUGCAAUCUCCAUAGACAAACACUGGCAGUAGAAUGGCCUUACUGAAGAGCUCAGUGACUUUCAACGUGGCACCAUCAUAGGAAGCCACACAAGCUCAGAAAGGGGCCGCCAAGUGCUGAAGCGUGUAAAAAUGGUUUGUCCUCAGUUGCAACACUCACUACCGAGUUCCAUACAGAAAUGGUUUGUCGAGAUCGGUGUGGAAGAACUUGACUGGCCUGCACAGAGCCUAUGCUCAACCCCAUAAAACACCUUUGGGAUGAAUUGGAAAGCUGACUGUGAGCCAGGCCUAAUCCCAACAUAAAUACACGACCUCACUAAUAUUCAUAGCUGAAUGGAAGCAAGUUCCCGCAGCUAUGUUCCAACAUCUAGUGGAAAGCCGUCCCAGAAGAGUGGGGGCUGUUAUAGCAGCAAAAGGGGGACCAACUCCAUAUUAAUGCCCAUGAUUUUGGAAUGAGAUGUUUGAUGAGCAGGUGUCCACAUACUUUUGGUCAUGUAGUGUAUCAAUUCAUGUAAAUAUACAGACAGCUCUAAGCUAUUUAAGAUUUUGUAUUUGUCUUUCUCAAAGCUUAGUUUUUGCACAAAAUCGAUUACCAUUUUCAAUAAGAUGCUUAAAUGAAAUAGAUUUAGUUCAUGUCUAAAGAUAUUGAAGUUUAUUUAAAAAAAACACUCAUUUUAAUUUAACAGAUUACAGUGGGGCAAAAAAAGUAUUUAGUCAGCCACCAAUUGUGCAAGUUCUCCCACUUAAAAAGAUGAGAAAGGCCUGUAAUUUUCAUCAUAGGUAUACUUCAACUAUGACAGACAAAAUGAGAAAAAAAAUCCAGAAAAUCACAUUGUAGGAUUGUAUGAAUUUAUUUGCAAAUUAUGGUGGAAAAUAAGCAUUUGGCCACCUACAAACAAGGAAGAUUUCUGGCUCUCACAGACCUAUAACUUCUUCUUUAAGAGGCUCCUCUGUCCUCCACUCGUUACCUGUAUUAAAUGGCACCUGUUUGAACUUGUUAUCAGUAUAAAAAACACCUGUCCACAACCUCAAACAGUCACACUCCAAACUCCACUACGGCCAACACCAAAGAGCUGUCAAAGGACACCAGAAACAAAAUUGUAGACCUGCACCACGCUGGGAAGACUGAAUCUGCAAUAGGUAAGCAGCUUGGUUUGAAGAAAUCAACUGUGGGAGUAAUUAUUAGGAAAUGGAAGACAUACAAGACCACUGAUAAUCUCCCUCGAUCUGGGGCUCCACGCAAGAUCUCACCCCGUGGGGUCAAAAUGAUCACCAGAACGGUGAGCAAAAAUCCCAGAACCACACGGGGGGACCUAGUGAAUGACCUGCAGAGAGCUGGGACCAAAGUAACAAAACCUACCAUCAGUAACACACUACGCCGCCAGGAACUCAAAUCCUGCAGUGCCAGACGUGUCCCCCUGCUUAAGCCAGUACAUGUUCAGGCCUGUCUGAAGUUUGCUAGAGAGCAUUUGGAUGAUCCAGAAGAAGAUUGGGAGAAUGUCAUAUGGUCAGAUGAAAAAAACUCAACUCGUCGUGUUUGGAGGACAAAGAAUGCUGAGUUGCAUCCAAAAAACACCAUACUUACUGUGAAGCAUGGGUGUGGAAACAUCAUGCUUUGGGGUUGUUUUCCUGCAAAGGGACCAGGGCGACUGAUCCGUGUAAAGGAAAGAAUGAAUGGGGCCAUGUAUCGUGAUAUUUUGAGUGAAAAUCUCCUUCCAUCAGAAAGGGCAUUGAAGAUGAAACGUGGCUGGGUAUUUCAGCAUGACGAUGAUCCCAAACACACCGCCCGGGCAACGACGGAAGCAUUUCAAGGUCCUGGAGUGGCCUAGCCAGUCUCCAGAUCUCAACCCCAUAGAAAAUCUUUGGAUGGAGUUGAAAGUCCGUGUUGCCCAGCAACAGCCCCAAAACAUCACUGCUCUAGAGGAGAUCUGCAUGGAGGAAUGGGCCAAAAUACCAGCAAGUGUGUGAAAACCUUGUGAAGACUUCCAGAAAACGUUUGACCUCUGUCAUUUCCAACAAAGGGUAUAUAACAAAGUAUUGAGAUAAACUUUUGUUAUUGACCAAAUACUUAUUUUCCACCAUAAUUUGCAAAUACAUUCAUUAAAAAUCCUACAAUGUGAUUUUCUGGAUUGUUUUUCUCAUUUUGCCUGUCAUAGUUGAAGUGUAUGAUGAAAAUUACAGGCCUCUCAUCUUUUUAAGUGGGAGAACUUGCACAAUUGGUGGCUGACUAAAUACCUUUUUGCCCCACAGUAAAUAAAAAAUAUUUUAUUUAACAAUAUCACCAUGCUCUAUUAAAUCAGACAUGUCAAUAAAUGAAAGUGA